GGCCGUAAAGCUGUUCGCUCGGUGCGACGCGAGUCUCAGCUCAGCGCUUAUCCUGGGUCCACCGGCGCUACCGCCCCCCGACGUGAGAGAGCGAAGUUCUUGGGCCGCGCUCCCUCCCUGCCUGGGUGCCCUCCCCCUCCGGGAGCCUGGGUCCCCGGGGCGGUCGCGGCGGCUGCAUCCUCAGGCCAGGCCGCGGGGGGAGGGGGCGGCACGGGCCUCCGAAAGCGGGGCCAUGGAGCCCAGAGAGUCGGGGAAGGUAGGACUGGAAGGCCCGGGGGCCGCCCGCUCCCUCCCGAGGAUCCCUGAGCCGGGCUCGGGCGAGGCGGGGCGGCUCGGGCGGAGGCCCCGCAGAUAAGCCAGGCUUGCAGGGAAGGACUCGCCGGCCCGCCCUCUCUUCCCGCACUUCGGCGCCCGACCCCGGGAGGGUGGCGGAGAGGAGCGGACGCUUCCGUUCGGUGUCCGCGCAUCCUCCCCGAGCUGGCGAGCGGCCGCUGGGUCGAUGCUGGGUUGGGUGACCCCCGAGUGGAGCGAUGCGAAGGUGCUUCCUGUUUCCCCCACCACCUUCGGCGUUUUGAAGAGCCCCUGCUAAGGCUUGGAGUCUGGAUCGGACGCCAGUGGGAGCUGCAGGGUGGGACGCUUGAGGGCUUGACCCUGCCUAGAUCCUCCUUCCCAAGAAAGGGCUGAAAAGAGAGGGCAUCUGGCAUGCUUUUUGCCACUUCUGUUUCUAGGUUAUGUACUUCAUGGAAUAUCUGGGCAUUGCUUAGAAACCUGUGUCAUAAAUUGGCUUUGGGCAAGAGGCUUUGAGUUGGAAGAAAAGGUGGAAAGAAAGUGCUUGGGGGCGGAGUUCAGGGAUUUGACGGGAUUGCCAGCGCUUCCAGGCCGUGUCAUCCAAGACAAGUGUGGUUGUGGGCACAUUAGCUUGGAGACAGUGGCAGCCUCUUGGGACUAACAUCUUUCUGGAUGUUGUUUGCUGCCAGUUCUUGAGUAUUGUUUCUUAUUUGGCACAGAGGAGAAUUCUCUCAACAAACGUUUUCGACUGUUUAUUGAGUCCCUUAAAAAAUUGUCCAUUUAAUAAACAUUUGUGAUCUGUGAUUUGCAUUGAACGAGAUGCUGGAAGUAUGAGGAUAAGUAGGAAAUGAUCACCUUUCUCAAGGAGCUCUCCUGCAGUUUUCACUUCAAUAACUUGGACACGCCUGAAAGCGUUGUCCCACACGAAAAGAGAGAAAAGGUUAAUGAGGUUCUUUUGAUGCUGUAGUUUUUCCUGGGAAGACUAGGAAGGACUCUGAAUUUCAAAAGAGGUGGUUUCUCGCAUGAGCAUCUCUUCCAUCCUCCCUCCCUCCACAAGCUACAGUGAUGCAUGUAGCAGACACGGCACCUACAGAGUACAUGGUCCAAGCCAAUAAAGCUCAACAAAACCCAAGCAAAGAUGGAGCUUAUGGCCCUUACCCUUUGGAAAUAUCCCCAGAUUGGUUUAGAUUGAACCUGAAUUUGAAUAAAGAGAAGCAAAAUGUAGGGGGAAGAAGGAUUAUAAAAUAUUGGGAUUGAUAUUGGAAUCAGUGAUUUGAAGUUGAUUUCCAAGCUAUUCUGUUCAGUCAGAGGCUUUCUUAGCCUUUAACGGGAGAAGAGAAAUACGGUUAUGCGCUGUAUAACAAGGUUUCCAUCAACACCGCUCUCACGUACAAAUCCCCUGAGACUACAGUGGGGCUGAGAAAUUCCUAUCACCUGGUGACAUCUUCAUGAUCCUGACCCUGUGUAGGCUUAGGCUAAUGUGUGUGUUUGUGUCUUAGGUUUUAAGAAAGCUUAAAAAGAAAAAAAAAAAAUUUAAGAAUAGAAAACCUCAUAGAAUUAGAAUAUAAAGAAAAAUACUUUUUGUUGAUGGAAUGGUUUGCUGGAAAAUAAAAAUACAAAAAUAUUUAAAGAAAAAUAUUGUACAGAUGUACAAUGUGUGUUAAGCUAAGUGUUAUUACAAAAUAGUCAAAAGUUUAAAAAAUUAAGUUUAUAAAGUAAAACAGUUACAAUAAGCUAGGGUUAAUUUAUUAUUAAAGAAAGAAAAAUUUUUGAUAAAUUCGGCGUAGCCUUAGUGUGCAGUGUUUAUAAAGUCUACAGAAGUGUUCAGUCAUGUCCUAGGCCUUCACAUUCUCUCACCACUCACUUACUCACUCACUCACCCAGAGCAACUUCCAGUCCUGCAAGCUCCAUUCAUGGUAAGUGCCCAAUACAGAUGGACCGUUUUUUUUUUUUUGUCUUUUCUACCAUAUUCUUACUGUACCUUUUCUAUGUUUAGAUACGCAAAUACUUACCAUGUGUUACAGUUGCCUACAGUUUUCAGUACAGUAACAUACUGUGUAGGAUUGUAGCCUGGGGGCAAAAGGCUAUAUACCAUAUAGCCUAGAUGUGUAGUAGGCUGUACCAUGUAGUUUUGUAUAAGUACACUCUGUGAUGUUCCACAAUGACAGAACUGCCUAAGGACACAUUUCCUAGAACUUAUCCCUGUUGUUAAGCAACGCAUGACUGUACAAACAUUUUGGGAGGUAGAGGAGAAACCUGAUUCCGUGUCCUGUCCAACCACUAAGUGAAACCUCAGAGACUGGAAAUUUCACCCUUGAUUAUAAUCUUGAUUUUAGGGUAUCUCAGAAAGGUGCUCGCCGUUCCCAAAUAUAGUUGUUUUCUAAUAUGGGAAAUGAGAACUUCAUACAAGAAUGAAAUAAAGUAAUUACAAAACCAACUGUCAGUGUAAGAUGUGUUGCAAAUGAGUGACAAGGAAUAGCGGUGCUGUUCUACAACUCCACUCCGAACAGCAUUCUUAUGGCUCAGAACUGGGAGACUACCUCGUGAGAUAGUGGUUUGGGCUAUUACUAGACUCUUCCUUGGGUGCUGUUUUGUGGUCUUUAUUAACUGACAGCCAUCUUGGGCCAUUGGAUUGAUAUCCCACAUUGAAUGUAGGACAUCUUGCCUGUCAUUGACAGAAUAAUGGAUAAGGGUCAGACUUUUCCCCAUCAUGUUCUAUCCCAUGAUCCUGUUUUAUUUUCUUCCCAACCCUUACCACUAAACAAAAUUCUCAUGUUCAUUUAUUUAUUUACAUAUUUGUUGACUUGACUCUUACAUCCCCAGCUAGAACAGUGGAGCAGUUCCUGGCAUUUAAUAAGGUCUCAGGAAGGAAUGCUCAUAAAAUAGCAUCACUACAGGAGCCCUUUUGCUGCAAGGUGUGGGUGCUCUGAAGAACACUGCAGCCCGCCACCUCAUGUGCCUCCUAGGAGACUGUGCUGUUGGUGCCCCCAAAGAGAAGUCUGCUCCUGUGACGUUUGAUGACAUCACUGUGUACUUACUCCAGGAGGAAUGGGUGCUGCUGAGCCAGCAACAGAAGGAGCUCUGUGGUUCCAACAAGCUGGUGGCACCACUGGGACCAACUGUUGCCAAUCCUGAGCUGUUCUGUAAGUUCGGACGAGGGCCAGAGCCAUGGCUUGGCAGCGUCCAGGGCCAGAGGAGCCUUCUGGAGCAUCACCCAGGAAAAAAACAGAUGGGCUACAUGGGAGAAAUGGAGGUGCAAGGUCCCACCAGGGAGAGUGGACAGUCCCUCCCGCCUCAGAAGAAAGCUUACCUUUCCCACCUCAGUACAGGCAGUGGACACAUCGAGGGAGACUGGGCAGGAAGAAACAGGAAACUUCUGAAGCCCCGGUCCAUCCAGAAGUCGUGGUUUGUGCAGUUUCCGUGGCUGAUCAUGAAUGAGGAGCAGACGGCUCUGUUCUGCUCUGCUUGCCGAGAAUACCCCUCCAUCAGGGACAAACGGUCAAGACUAAUAGAAGGUUAUACAGGACCAUUCAAGGUGGAGACUCUCAAAUACCACGCGAAGAGCAAGGCCCACAUGUUCUGUGUCAAUGCCUUGGCAGCGAGGGACCCCAUCUGGGCAGCCCGGUUCCGGAGCAUCAGAGACCCACCUGGAGAUGUUCUGGCCAGCCCGGAGCCGCUCUUCACUGCAGAUUGCCCCAUAUUCUACCCCCCAGGGCCUCUGGGAGGAUUUGAUAGCAUGGCUGAGCUCCUGCCAAGUUCAAGAGCUGAACUAGAGGACCCUGGGGGGGAUGGAGCAAUUCCUGCAAUGUAUCUAGACUGCAUUUCAGAUUUGAGGCAAAAAGAAAUCACUGAUGGCAUCCACAGCUCCUCAGACAUUAAUAUUUUAUAUAAUGAUGCAGUAGAAUCCUGCAUUCAGGACCCUUCUGCAGAGGGGCUGUCGGAGGAGGUUCCUGUGGUGUUUGAGGAGCUGCCAGUGGUGUUCGAGGAUGUGGCAGUGUAUUUCACCCGGGAGGAGUGGGGCAUGCUAGACAAGCGGCAGAAGGAGCUGUACAGAGACGUGAUGCGGAUGAACUACGAGCUGUUGGCAUCCUUGGGACCUGCUGCUGCCAAGCCAGACUUGAUCUCCAAACUGGAGCGGAGGGCUGCACCCUGGAUCAAGGACCCAAAUGGGCCAAAGUGGGGGAAAGGUCGUCCUCCAGGGAACAAGAAGAUGGCGGCAGUGAGAGAGGCAGACACACAGGCCUCGGCUGCAGACUCCGCGUUGCUUCCAGGCUCUCCCGUGGAGGCCCGUGCCUCCUGCUGCAGUUCCAGCAUUUGUGAGGAAGGAGAUGGACCUAGGAGAAUCAAGAGGACAUACAGGCCCCGUUCCAUUCAGAGGUCAUGGUUUGGGCAGUUCCCAUGGUUAGUAAUUGACCCCAAAGAGACCAAACUCUUCUGCUCAGCCUGCAUAGAAAGACCUAAUCUCCACGACAAAUCAUCUCGGUUAGUCAGAGGUUACACGGGGCCUUUUAAAGUGGAGACUUUAAAAUACCAUGAAGUCAGCAAAGCGCACAGGCUCUGUGUCAACACGGUUGAAAUCAAGGAAGACACCCCUCACACUGCCCUCGUUCCAGAGAUCUCCAGCGACCUCAUGGCCAACAUGGAGCACUUUUUCAAUGCCGCCUACUCCAUCGCAUACCACUCAAGGCCCCUGAAUGAUUUUGAGAAGAUCCUGCAGCUCCUCCAAAGCACGGGGACCGUGAUAUUAGGCAAGUACCGCAAUCGCACGGCGUGCACUCAGUUCAUCAAGUACAUCUCAGAGACCCUGAAGAGGGAGAUCCUGGAGGACGUGCGGAACUCGCCCUGUGUGAGCGUGCUGCUGGACAGCUCCACCGACGCCUCCGAGCAGGCCUGCGUGGGGAUUUACAUCCGCUACUUCAAGCAGAUGGAGGUGAAAGAGUCCUACAUCACUCUGGCCCCUCUCUACAGUGAGACAGCAGAUGGGUACUUCGAGACCAUCGUUUCUGCCCUGGAUGAGCUGGACAUCCCCUUCCGGAAGCCUGGCUGGGUGGUGGGGCUGGGGACGGAUGGCUCAGCCAUGUUGAGCUGCAGAGGAGGCCUUGUGGAAAAGUUCCAGGAGGUCAUCCCGCAGCUGCUGCCUGUCCACUGCGUGGCCCACCGGCUGCACCUGGCUGUGGUGGACGCCUGCGGGAGCAUCGAUCUGGUGAAGAAGUGUGACCGGCACAUCCGCACCGUCUUCAAGUUUUAUCAGUCCUCAAACAAGAGGCUGAACGAGCUGCAGGAAGGUGCGGCGCCUCUGGAGCAGGAGAUCAUGCGCCUGAAGGAUCUGAAUGCGGUCCGCUGGGUGGCCAGCAGGAGGCGCACGCUGCACGCGCUGCUCGUGAGCUGGCCCGCCCUGGCCAGGCACCUCCAGAGGGUGGCAGAGGCUGGGGGCCAGACUGGGCACCGGGCCAAAGGGAUGCUGAAGCUCAUGCGCGGCUUCCACUUUGUCAAGUUCUGCCACUUCCUGUUGGACUUCCUGAGCAUCUACAGGCCUCUGUCCGAGGUGUGCCAGAAGGAGAUCGUGCUGAUUACAGAGGUGAACGCCACGCUGGGCCGUGCCUACGUGGCACUGGAGAGCCUCCGUCACCAGGCAGGGCCCAAAGAGGAAGAAUUCAACGCCAGCUUCAAGGAUGGGCGGCUCCACGGCAUCUGCUUGGACAAACUGGAGGUAGCGGAACAGCGGUUCCAGGCGGAUAGGGAGAGGACGGUCCUGACGGGGAUUGAGUACCUCCAGCAGAGGUUUGACGCAGACCGACCCCCACAGCUGAAGAACAUGGAGGUGUUUGACACCAUGGCCUGGCCAAGUGGGAUUGAACUUGCCAGUUUUGGGAAUGAUGACAUUCUCAACCUGGCCAGGUAUUUCGAGUGCUCCCUCCCAACAGGAUACAGUGAGGAAGCUCUGCUGGAGGAGUGGCUGGGCCUGAAAACCAUUGCCCAGCACCUCCCGUUCUCCAUGCUCUGCAAAAACGCCCUGGCCCAGCACUGCCGCUUCCCCCUGCUAAGCAAGCUCAUGGCCGUGGUGGUCUGUGUGCCCAUCUCCACCUCUUGCUGUGAGCGGGGGUUCAAGGCCAUGAACCGGAUCAGGACCGAUGAGAGGACCAAGCUCUCCAACGAGGUGCUCAACAUGCUCAUGAUGACAGCUGUGAACGGCGUGGCCGUCACGGAGUACGACCCCCAGCCCGCCAUCCAGCACUGGUACCUGACCUCCUCAGGCCGGCGUUUCAGCCAUGUCUACGCCUGUGCCCAGGUGCCAGCCCGCUCCCCUGCAAGCGCCAGGCUCAGGAAGGAGGAGAUGGGAGCCCUCUAUGUGGAGGAGCCCAGGACCCAGAAGCCACCCAUCCUGCCCUCCAGGGAAGCAGCGGAGGUUCUGAAGGACUGCAUCAUGGAGCCUCCCGAGAGACUCCUGUACCCCCACACCAGCCAGGAGGCCCCCGGGAUGUCCUGAGGGACAGGGAGUCCUUGGGACUGCCUUGGAGACGCCUCUGUGAUCACUGGGACAGGCUCUGCAGAUUCUAGGCUGCCCUAGGAUCUUCUGCUGGUGGCGAUGGUCUCUAAGCACCAGGAAGUGGGCAGUGGCGUCCCAGAGCAGCAGGGGUAUUAGGAGGUACAUGACCUGUUUCCUGAGGCCCCACUCAGCACAGCCAUGCCUCACAGCACACAAAUGUGCCAGAAGGUUCUAUAUCUCAAGUUCAUUUUUAAGGUGCUCCAGAAAAUAACCCCAUCAUGAAAGGUUUCAGCCCCUGAGUUUUGGUGGCAAGAGGAGUGUCCUGGUAGGGGAGACUGUUGGACAUCCCUGGGGAAUGUUCCAGGGAGGCUGCCCACAGCCUAAGUGGGAAUGGGAAAGACCACCUUGUUAGAGGGGGAGGCUGCCCCUGCUCUAGGGACAGCUGGCCUGGCUGCAAGAGCCCCCAGAGGCAUUGUUCUGGGACUUCCUACCCUGGCUCCCACAGCAGAAGCAGUGAGGCCUUGGUCUCGUGCGGAACUCUACCUCUUCCCAGGGCUUCCUUUAGGGCGAAACAAUCACAAGCCCUUUGCACAGAGCACCCAAGAAAGUUCUCUUCCUGCAGCUCCAGAUGGUGGAGCUGGGCUCUUCUGGCAGGGGGUCUGGUGCUUCCCGCAGAGCCGAGCCGCGUUUGACCCGUGGCAUGCCCGGCCCGGUUUACCCAGGAGAGGAUGGGACCAAGUUGGAGUUGGGAGGCUUGGGAUGCAGCCCCAGCUCUGCUGCAGGCAGUGGUCUGAUUAAUCCCUUCCUCUUUGUGCCUCAGUUUCCCUCUCCAUGAAGUGGCAGCAGAGAAUCCAAGUGCCUGCUGACUCCCCAUCUGCCCUAGGAUUAGUGAAUGAGAGCCUCGAGCUCCCUGAAAGACCUCUGGCUGCAGUGUGGACUUAGCUGCCAUCUGCCCCAUCCUCGUCCUUAGUGGGACAGGUAGGAAUUUGUCUCCAAAGUCCUUGUUGUAGGAGUUGCUCUCUGAAUGCACCAUCUGCACGACAGGCUAGUCCACUCUUCUCUGAGCUGCCCUGGGGACUCUGCACCAGGAUCUCCAGGGCCCACUGAGACAUCCCCGAAUGGGCGCUCAGUGACAAGGGCUUUGAACAACCUCCUCCAGGGACUUUGGGCCUGCUCUAGCUUCAGAACCACAGAACCACCGCCCUAGAGGCACAGAGGGGCUUCUGGCUAGGUUCACACCCUCCUCGCCCAUCUUCCUUCCACCUAAAGUGAAGCACUUUUCCUUCCAAGGGCAGCUCCGUCUUGGCAGGCUCAGGAGGCCGCUUAUCAGGAGGAGGAUGAUUUUGUCUAGGUUCUGCCUUCCUUAACCAUGGGCAGGAAAUGAGGCAAGUCAGCAGGCAGGGUUUCUCUGCCCUGCCUGAUACUUGUUUUAAACAGGCAGGAAGUGGGCGCCAUCCAUCCCAGCUUGCUUGCUGCCUGGCUCAGGCAGGUCCUGUGCUGUGCCGCAGGCCCCUGUGGGUGGGCCCUUUCUCCAUAGUCUGCCGCUUCCCAUUCCCAGGGUAGAUGCUGGCAUCUGAGCACCUGAGUACCCUUCCUAUUCCCAGGGUAGAAGCUGCUGUCUGAGUACCCUUCCCAUUCCCAGGGUAGAUGCUGGCGUCCGAGCCCCUCCCCGGUACCGCAGGUACCCUAGUACCCCACCUGCCCUUUCAUCCCCACCCCAGCACUUAGCCUUAGCACUGUUGCUUUCGUGUCAUUUUCAGUUCUAGUCAGGAAUUCCUUUCUUGCUUUCUGCCUUUGACCUGUGGAAAUGUCUCCCAGCCCUGUGGGUCUGGCGGUCAGAGGGACCCCACAGGCCUGUGGUGCGGGAGCUCUGGGAGGUGUUACUAUCUGCGUGGCUAAGGCACGCACAGGCCUCCUUCUCCCCAUCACCGUCUCCAUGGGCGUUCAGGAACUUGCCCAGGUCAGGCACUGUGGAUGUGAACUCGUGGAAGGGGAGGGAGAAAGGCUUUUUUAGGUGGGGCUAUAGCCUCUGCCCUACCCACAGGGAUUCCACAUCAAGGUGCUGUUCCAGCACACAUGCUUCCUGCGGCCUCUUCAUCCUUGAAGAAUCCCUCAGAGCAGGAGGCCAUCCUGUGAGCAGCCGUGAGUGGGUCUCUGUGGGAGUAGUUCUGGAGCUGAGGUGGAAGCUAGGGGAAGCAACUCGCCCUCUCCACGUCAGCAUCAGCGUGCUCCGAGGACACCGUCCAGUGCCUUCCUUAGGUGGUGGGAAAGGGGGUCCCUGUGCAGCGGGGCCACUGAGAAUGCUGUUUGUCAUAAAAUUUGCACUACCCGAUUUCUCGAGGGGCACAGGCCUGCUCCGUUCCCCUUUGUCAGCCAAUGGCCAAGAAGGAAGAAGAUGAGUGCCAUCUUAUUCCUGAACUUCCUCAUUCAGGACCCCCGUGGAAACACAGUGAGCAUCCUUAUCAGAGGCCCUGGCCCAGGCUGGCCCCUUUGCUUUGUUUGGAGAGGCUGGCUGAGUUUCAGCCCCUAGUGCUGGAGACCCCCUUGUUGGAGAGGCUUCCUGUUUAUGCCUCACAAGAAGAAAAACCACAGGGCUCUGGGAGGGGAAGAAGCAUGCACUCCCGCUUUGGCUGGAGUCCCAGCGCUUGUCGCCACCCUCCUCCUCGCCUGUAGUCUUGACAGCAUCCGUAUGUACGUGUCCUGGCAUUUCCCCUCCCUCUCCCUGAUGACUGAUACCCACCGGGUCUGACAUUCCAAGUAACCAGUAUGUAACUGGUAGUUUGAUCCCAAUAGCCGUAGCGACUCCAGGUGGGAGUGAAGGAGCCCAGCCCCCUGUCCUGGAAGAUACCUUAGAGUAUGUGACCGUGCUCCAGACCCUUGCUUCUCUCUCCUGCAGAGGGUGAGUUUCUAGGGUGCUAAGUACCUAUCAGAACAGUGUGGAGGGGCAGGUCCCUCAUACAGGUGUGUGCUUAGCCAAAUACAGUAACUGUGACUGGCCCAGGGAUGUUCUGUCCUCUAUUUUCAAAGACGAAAGGAGGUUUUAAAAACCAUGUUUGAUUCCUAACCUUUUGCUACCUGAAUAAAGCAGAGUCUAUUUCAA